CAGCGUUUUAGUUGAUUUUUUAAUACGUACAGCCGUAGAUUAAAUACGCGACCCGUCGCCACCGACACCAUAAAUCCCGCGCUGCCGCACAGACGACCGCGGACCGUCGACGCCGACGACAUAUUUACCUGACAGCCGCCACCUGCAGCCAGGGGGUGCGUUUCGUUCGAAUAUCGUCGAAUACGCCGUCGUACACAUAAUAACGAGAGCGAGUGCGCGUUUGUGACCGCCGCCGCAACAGAAUAACCCGAUAAUAAUAUUAAUAAUAAUAAUAAUAAUACACGAAACCGUGUGUGCACAAUUAUUAUUAUUAUUAUUAUUACCAUAACAUUAUAUAGUGUUCGGGGGGGUUGCCGCGCGCGCGUGUGAGCUCGUGUGUGUUACUUUCGAUUUCUACAACGCGCGUCGACGACGACGAGACAUAAGACGCGUGCGUUUCGGAAAACCCGUUUCGCGUACGUGUGUGUGUGUGUGUGUGUGUUAGUGUGCCAACAACGAGUGUGUGUGCGCGUGUGUCUGUGCGCAUAGUGCAAUUCGAAACAUAAGCACAUACCUGAUAUAUAGAUUAUUCGCGUUUUGACCGACGCCGUUGCGGGUUUCGUGUGAUGUGGUGAGUGUUCGCGCGCAAACGAUGGCAGCAACGAUCGCAACAGUCGAAACGGAACAGAUCAAGCAGGAGAUCGCGUCCGUCGUCGAAGAAAAACAGAGUCCAGUAGAGACCACACCGGAGACCACCGGAGACCGAGACUUCACCGAAGAGGUCGUAGCGCCACUGCCCGCUACCAAGACAACCGCCCCGUUGCCGAUCGUCGGCAAGGCGUUCGAUCUGAAGCGCGCCAGCGUGUCGUCCGUGGACAGUGACAUAUCGCUAUCGUACGACGCGGCGCCGUUUUAUCCGCGUUCGUUGAGUCAAACCGGCAUGUCGUCCGCCAACAACUCGAGCGGAUCGGGCACCGACGACGGUGGCCGGCACCACUCGGCCGCGUCCGCCGCCGCCGGAAUUAACAACACGGAUUCGUCCGAUUCGGCGUACGAGGGCGGUCAGCUCAAGUCCGGCGACGAGUCCACGCCGUUCGUGGCGCCCGACGAAGAGACCACCAAGCGCAUACUCGACCAGGUGGAAUUUUACUUUUCGGACGCGAACAUCGUCAAGGACGCGUUCCUGCUGAAGCACGUCCGCCGCAACAAGGAAGGAUACGUGUCGCUGAAGCUUAUUUCGUCGUUCAAGCGGGUGAAACACCUGGCCAAGGACUGGCGGGCCGUCGCAUACGCCAUAACCAGGUCUGAGAAACUGGAGGUGAACGAAUCCGGAACGAAGCUGAGGCGUAAGGAGGCUCUGCCCGCGUACGACCAGACGACGCCGUCCCGGACCGUGGUGGCCAUCAACCUGGCCGAAGAGAAGCCGGUGACCAUUGAGUCGGUGGCCGAGCUGUUCCGCGGCUGCGGUGAGAUCGCGUUGAUCCGCGUGCUCCGUCCGGGCAACCCCAUACCGUCGGACGUCCGUCAUUUCGUCAACAAGCAUCCGGAGAUGGGCAGCAACGUAAGCGCGUUGAUCGAGUUCGUGCGCACCGAGUCGGCGCACAACGCGAUGAGCAAAGACUGGUCCUCGGAAAAGGCCAAGGACGGACAGUCCAUGUGCGUGCUCGAGCUCAACGCUCCCGCGUCCAAGAAAAAGGCCACAGCGGCCGCCAAGAAGUCGCCGAUGAACCGGCUGUUCGACUCGGAGUACUCGUCGUCGUGCCAGAGCGGUUCCGAGGCGGAGGACAGGCAAAAGAUGCGCAUGCAGCGCAAGGUGUCGGCCAACACGCUCAUGCGGUCCGACUCGUCGUGGAACCAGCGCAGAUGGUCCAGGGACUCGGGCACCGACAGCUCCGCGUCCGGAUACUCGCGACGUGAUUCGUACGUAUUGCCGCCGCAGCACCACAUGCAACAGACCGGCGAUUACGGCCACAACAGGCGUAUGUCGUCUGGCUGGGACUCGAGUUCGGAGAGCUAUUACUCGGGCCGUUCGCGUUCCAGCAGCGGCGUGUCCAUACCGGAAACAUUCGGAAUGCGCCGCUUCUCUUUGGCCAACAACCGUGGCCCGGAACAACAACAACAGCAACCGUGCUGUUGUUGUGGCCAUAAUCAGCCGCCACCGCAACAGCAGCAGCAACAGCCUAUGGCCAUGCGCAGACACUCGACACAGGACAACGGCCAUCACUACGACAUGAGGCGGUGCAGCAGCAGCAGCAGCAACAGCGGCGGCGAGAUGAUGAUGCGCAAGGACUCGACGUCGGAGUUCUGUUGCGGCAGCCAACCCCGGGACGGAUUCCACAACUGGUCGCGUAAGAGCAGCUCGUCUUCGAUGGGCGAAGGUGGCAUGGGUCGUCGCCUGUCCGUCGACUCCGAUUCGUCGGGCGGCAGGGGACGCAGGCCCAGUUUGGGCCUCGUGACGCCAGACAACGUGGUGAGGAUGCCCAAGGGCCCGGACGGUUGUGGCAGCCGCGGUUUCCAACGAGAACCGAUGUUGGAUUCCACUCUUUACGAAUGAACAGCUGAACGACGACGACACGAUAAUGAUUAAGAAUAAUAUUUUAAUAUUAUCGUUAAGAUUAUAAUUAUUAUUUAUUAUUAUUAUUAACGUAUAAUGCAGCAACGACGUGGAUUUUAGAGACCCGAAGCAAGGAAAAAAAAUAUAUCGAUCUAUAUAAUAAUUAAUAAUAUAAUAUAAUAGGUACUUUUCAUAUCUGAUAUAGGUAUAUAAAUAUGAUUAGUUUUUAAUUUAAGCGGUUUGGAUAUUUAGGUACUUGUAAGAUAAAAAUGAAUUUAAGGAAUAAGGGCGACUUCCCUGCCUCGUUUUAUCGGCAGUAGGAUCCAUAUAAUAUAUAAUUUAUUUUUAUGUCAUAAACAUUCCAUAGGUAAUAUGUAUGUAUGUGAAUCGACCAAUUUUAUCGGCUGUACGAUUUUAUUUGUUGAAUUCAGCAUCGUAUUAUUUGCGUGCGAGUAUUUUCUUAUUUUAUACUUUGUAAAAGUCGAGCCAGUUGAGGUUUGGGUAUAAGUUAUAACGUUAUAUUAUACCUGCCUCGAUGACUUUCAAGAGCUUCGAUCCCGCGUUAAUUUAUUUAAUAUUUAUUAUGUUGGCAACCAAUACCAUUAAUUUAUAUGAUUAUUUAUAUUACAUAUAUAUUUAUAAAUAUUAAUUAUUAUAUUUGUAUUUAUUAUUUAUUAAUAUUAUUCGCUUGAAAUUAAAAUAAUAUAAAUCUAUUUAUAUGAUAUCAUUAUUAUUAUAUUGUCGAUGUAGGCAUUUAAUUUAUUAAGUUAUUAUUUUAUCGAUGUAUAAUACAUGUUACCGGUAUAUUUGUAAGACCAUAUCGUAUUAGAGUAAUGACGUUUGGUUUAUUUAUUCAUAUUUAUUAUACAAAUAAACGUAAUAUAUUUAUAUACUCACAUAUAA